CCCGGCCCAUACACCAUGGACAAACAAAUCAGUACACAUACAGUCUCAUGUAUGUCAUUCCAUCGUACACGUUCGCUGAUUAUGCACACCAAUGGCCAACAGUUACACAUCGGCGAAAUAGGGAAAACCGUCAUACUAUGACAGCAGACCGUCUCUCACCCUGUCUCGUCUGUCUGAGCUCAUAUACACACACACGUCGGUAUACACGUGUCGCCACGACAGAAAAAUGAGCAGCAAUGGCGGCAGUCGGUUCGUGAAUGCCCUCCCCUGCCCUGUUCUCCCUCCCAUUGGCUGGCUGGUCAUCCCUCCUGCAGGCUGACUUGGCUGCCGUGGAAGGCAUAGAGGCCGCCAUUAGUGAGGCCGCUGUUGUCCGCCGCACCGCUGCAGAUGAAAGCUGCAAUGUCCUCGAGCUUCGUCCACCUACCAUACCAGGGAGAGGACAGAGAGGCAUGACACACACACACGCGUCAACCGUUGUGCGCGUGGCGUGCGAGGCUUACGUGGAUUGGUCGGCAUCUGGCAUAGCUACCCUGUUGGCCUCCGUGUCGAUGAUCGUUGGGAGAAUGCCGACCGUCUUCGACCCUGGUGGGUGAAGGAGGAGAGGGAUGCCAAUCAAUCAGUGAUUGAUUGACGUGGCCUGCCAGGCCCAAAUACCUUCUGGCAUCCCGCUGCCCUCUGACGCGAGGGACUUGACCAGAUGGUGAACGAGCGCCUUAGACGCCUGCAUGCCACACAUACCGAUCAAUGCUUCACGCGAUGGGUCAGUCAGUGGUGUGUGGGUGUGUGAGUGGUAAUGGUCUGACCCCAUACGAGAUGGUCUGCGGCGUCGGGUUGAGGGCCGCGGCAGCGCCAGGCAGAAACAAGGUGCCAAAGGGCUGCACACACCUCACAAAGGAGUCGUUCUAAGCUGCCCAUCUGUCGGCCAGCUCGGCUCUCGUUCACCUUGAGGUGUCGUUGUGCAAUGACGGCACUGACGAGCGAUGGACCAACGGAUGAAUGGAUCAUCCUCGCCGCGUCAUCUGCACACGAACACACCAUCAUCCAUGCCUUGUUGGCUUCUUGUCGUCCCGCUUCAACCCCGCUCACCGAGGAACGUUGCACUCUUGAGGUUCCCCAUCGCAAAGCCCCCACUCAUACAGACGAUGGCGUCCAGCGGCACCCCUCGGUUGCCCAAGUACGCCUGCACCUUCAUAGAACGGCCAGCCACAGCCCACAGGCACACACGAUGAUUGGUUGGAGGCAUCAUAUCAUAAUGGCGCCUGCCUGCCUGCCUACGUGGCACAUAAGCUAGCCUACCUGCAGGCCCUUCUGCAGCUGCUGGCCCUGCUCCAUCAAAGUGGCGCUCUCCAUGUGGACGAAAGUGUCGGGGCCUUCGCCUGACAGCGAAUGAGCAUAUCCACUCAUCUGUCCAUCUGUCCAUCUGUUUGUCGUCAUCUCGGUGCAUCUGCCCACUGACUGACAUUUGGCGAGGUCACAUCCGAUGACCGCCCAGCCUUUCAAGCGAAAUGCCGACACCAAAUGACGGCCAACACCGCCGCAACUGAAUGAAAGAAAGAGCGUGCACGCAGAGAGGAGUCAGUGAAUGGCCAGCGGGACAAUCGACAGGGAUGCCAAGGGUCUGCAGGUGUCAUCUGCUUACCAGCCGUAGAUGAGCACAGACAGCUUCGAUGUCAUUGAUGCAGGCCAGGCCUCCCGGACAGACAACCAGGGCGGGAAACCUGUGAUGGAUCUCAGUUACUCAAGAUGACGCCAAGCAACCAGGCAACCUCCUCUGACGGCUCAACGCCCUGAGGCAACCGAAG